AUGGCUCCGCCAACACAGAAAGCCGGGCAAAAGCGCAAGGUCGCCUUUGACCAGCCUGGCCAGUCCUCGGCGGCGCGCAAACGGCAAAAAAAUCAUGAUGCUCGAGCGAUUCCCGUGCAGCGCCCGGAGGCGGUCGUGUCGGCGAGCGGGGAACUCAAUGUGGCUUCCUUCAUCAAGGCUCGGGAGUUCGAGAUCGGUGCUUUGGAGAAGAGCAUGCGCAAGGCAAAGAAGCAAUUGUCUACACGAGCGUUUCAACAGGUCCCCAGGCAUAUGAGACGGAGGACGGCCAGUCACAAUGCCAAAAAGGUGCCGCGACGGCUGCGGAGGAGGGCCGAACGUGAGAUGAAAGACGACAACACUCCUACCGUCACGAAGCGGACGCGGACUCCCUCGCGAAGGCUGAGGCUGCGGUUAGAAACGGCCAAAUCCCUCAAAAUGCUCACCCAGAAGCACAAGACGGUGCGUCAGAGGAAAAAAGAGGCCAAGGCCAACGCUCAGCAGCCCGAUCCUGCAAACCACGUCCUGACGGCGCGUGUGCCACGAUUGAAGAAGAACAGGUUGGCUCAGCCGCCCACAGCGACGACGAAAUACAAGAGGAGGCAGGUCGACAAGACAUGGCUGCCAACGCACCUGUGGCAUACCAAACGCGCGCAUAUGACUCGGCCUACGGAGCCGCUGUGGAGAAUGUCCAUCCCGCUGAGCCCUACGGAGAAGAGUUAUAGACCGAGUCAUCGAGCUGCUGGCACCCAGGGAUGUAUAGCCUGGGACACCAGCUAUAUGUCUACAGUUGCCUGUCUGGGAACAGAGACGGCACUCGACAACAUGCUGAAGGCACUUUCAUUCGCCCCACAAGGGCUCUCACCGGCUAUGCACAAGAAGUGGAAGGCUGGAACCCGGUUUGCUCACGGAUGGAUUUCAGAACGGGACAACGGAAAGCGCCCUAUUUCGCCGGUAACGGUGAUCUGGUUCGAACACCAGCGGAACGAUGCAACGAGCCCGAAGGAUGGUCAGAGCGAAGAUAAGAUGGAAAUUGAGCUCGUCGAUCAGUCCCACGUUACCACUAACCAGGAGCAAAUGAAGGUCGACAAGGGCGACAUAGAGCAGUCUGCAAUUCCAAAGACCAAGAAGAAGGCGGCAAAACGGAAGACGAAACUUAGCCACCAAAUCCUCAUCCGAAUCCAUCCAUCUGCAUUCUAUCAGUGCUGGCAGGAGCUGAUGAAGGUCGCCAAAAUGCAGAAGCCGCAGGUUCUGAUUGAAGAUCUGCGAUUUGAGAUCGGAAGUAUUGAGGUCCAAGGUCCCGGCUCAACCGAGGCCUUACUGGGUGUGAUUCGUGCUUUUCCCGCACAUACUGAAGCUGCCGAGGCGACUUCGUCGUUGUGGGCGUCCCUCGCUGGACUCAACAACCCCAGUAUCCUGCCGCAGAACGCGCUGCUCGCAUUCGAUACGGUCGAUCCCAGGCUCAAUCAUCCGCCCAAGCCGAUCAAGAUUCCCAGCGCCUCGGAACAAACUCUACUGGAUGAGAUCCUCGUUUCCUGGCCGCCCGACAAGCGGCCGAAGUAUUCCGCGUUACUAUCGCACAAGGCGCGCUGGCGGAUCCGCAACACCCUGCCGUCCCAAAAAGCGAUCAAUCGACGGAGAGCACUCGCACCACCGGGCCAUGCACCAUCGGCCACGGCCAAGGAUCCUCGAAUCCCGGUCAUCGUUCUCGCGUCCAGAGCGGAGGGUAGUGCUGCCAAAAACUCCCAAGGGACGUGGACUGUUCUCCUCCCCUGGACGUGCGUCGACCCAGUGUGGCGCUCAUUGAUGUUCUACCCUUUGUCGACCGGUGGCACUCCACGCUUCGGGGGUCUACGUCAGAAACAGCAGCUGUUGUUUGAGCAUAAAAUACCGUGGUUCCCAGGAGAUUUGCCCGGCACCGAGGCGGGCAAAGCUUGGGAGCGCUCUGAAAGUGAAAAGAGGUUUGAUUCGUGGAUCAGGCGACCUCCGAAGCAUAGAGUUGCCUGGGAUACUUUGGACCUGGGUUUGGGAAGGCGCGGUGAGCUCGGAAGAGGUUGGUCUUGUGAUUGGGAGUAUUUGUUUGAGACCACCAAAGAUCCAGCGCUAAUAAAAACCACGCCUCAUUCGGAGUUAGCCAAAAGCGUCUCUGCUCAGACGACGGCGGCGCCAUUGCUUACACAGCGACAGCGAAAAGCGGCCAAAUCUCAAGCAGCAAAAGAAGCCGACGAGAAAGAUUCAAGUCGUCGACGAAAUACAUCGAGUCCGGAAAGUGAAGGGGAGCCGGAUAUUGUACCGGAACUUGUAGAAGAGGUCCAAUUUACCCAACUGUUGCCGGGACAGAGUGUAUCCCUGUUGAAACAGCCCACGCACAUCACAUUCCCACCAUGUCCUGUACUGGUUACAGUUCGGAUCACCUUGCUCGAUAAAGGGACACCGUCUCCAGCUGCGCGAAUCUAUCGCCUUCCAUCAUUGCCAAAACCAGGAUCAACAGCUUGUUCUACUGAAUCAGUGGCACUUGAGGCGGACAGAUCUCAGCAGACCCAGCCACAGAGCUGGAGCUCUGACGGGCCACCGCCCGGGCAACGUCCUCCCACAAUAAGUCAGACGGAAACGCCAACAUCGUCAGUCACCGCUGCUCGCGACCUUCGCUCCCGCUGGCUUGCUCUCGACAACCAUUUCGACGCACACGCACGAAGCGGUCAUUCUCGAAUCUCCAAGAUCAAGACCAACAAAUUCUCCAUCCCCCGUCACCACGCCAGCUACCCACAUGAAUCACUCGCCAAAAUCAAUGUGCUGCCCAAGAAUGCUGCUGAAGAGAUUGUGAAGAAUUUCGGACCGGACAGUGCUUUUGGGAGAGGGGACGGGGAGAUACCCAAGGAGGAGCCACCGCCUCCCAAGGAGAAGCACAAAGGCAAAGGAAGAGGCAAGGAGAAGAAGGCAGUCUCUACGUUAGAGGAUGGCGAAGUACUGGCAAACCCUCUUGACCACGCUACUGAGAACAUGGAAGACCUGGCGCCCCUCAUGAUCGACCCAUUCAAUGAACCGACAGAAUGGGAUAAACACGUGCCCUGUCCCGACCCGCGCGACCUCAUUGGUUUCAUCACGAGUGGUGGGUACAAUCUGGCUGAAGGUCGGGGCACGGCUGUGGGGAGCAUUUGGGGCCAACGGGUGAUUGAGGGAUGGCAAGAAGAGUCUAAGCCGGAUGACGGCCUGAGCGAAAAGCAAAAGGACCGGCAAAGGAGGCUCUGUAUUGUGCGUAACGUCGGCGAGAGUAUCGGACGACUGGGUGUUUGGGAGCUUUGUGGCUGA